AUGCCCAAAGUGCGCAUUUCUUCCGUUUUGAAGCAUUCCCCCCAACCACAUCCACCCAUCCAGCCAUCCACUUGCGACUCAGCCCUGUCAACCAACGACCAUCCGCUUCUCUCCAGACUCAGCACGCGGCUGUAUCCCAUACCCACAGUCGAAUUCUCUUCCCUCGCACAAAAGACAGACACAAUGUCGGCACGCGAAGAGGAAGUGUCGCUCUCGGAGCCUGGCACCAGCGAGCUCGCAUCGCUCGACAACAACCACACCAGCGAAACAUCCGCUGCGGAAGGUGGAGAGACGACGGCCAUGACGGACGAGGAUGCCGAGAUCGAGGCGAUGAAGCAGCGCGUAGCCGAAAUGGAGGCGGAGGCGGCCAAGCUGCGUGAGCUGCAACAAGCUGCGGGCGAAGCGGGCGGCGCCGGACUGCACCCUAGCGAAGAGGAGAGGGAGGAGGUGGACUCGAGGAGCAUCUACGUCGGCAACGUCGACUACGGCGCCACACCGGAGGAGCUGCAACAACAUUUCCAGAGCUGCGGCACCAUCAACCGCGUCACGAUCCUGUGCGACAAGUUUACGGGGCAUCCCAAGGGCUACGCGUACGUCGAGUUUGCCGAUCCGUCGCUGGUGGCGAAUGCGAUGGUGCUCAACGAGUCGCUCUUCCGUGGCAGGCUCAUCAAGGUCACCGCCAAGCGCACAAAUAUGCCCGGCCUCGCGGCGCGCGGGCGCGGCAGGGGGCGCGGUCGUGGCCGUCCCUUCCGUGGGCGAGGGCGCGGCCGUGGACGCGGAUACUACUACUAG